AUGACCAACGAUCAACCAGAUCGAAAUAAUCGUCGUUCCUCUCGAUCUCGUUCUCGUGAUCGUAAAUCAUCACGUCGUCAUCGUGAUCGUUCACGUGAACGUGAUAAUAAAGAACGCGAUAAUAAAGAACGUGAUAAUAAACGUCGACGUUCACCAAAUGAUAAUAACAAUAAUAAUAAUAAUAAUAAUCGAAAUAAACAUAGUCGUUCACGUUCACCAAAAGAACGUCCAAAAAAAGAAAAUAAAACUGAAAAAAAACCAAUUCGAAAAUAUAAAUAUUGGGAUGUACCACCAGCUGGCUUUGAACAUAUUACACCUGUUCAAUAUAAAGCUAUGCAAGCAUCCGGUCAAAUUUCUCAAAUAUUUAGUGGAAAAGAUUGGAGUGCAAACACUGCUGCAGCUACACCCGUACUUGGUAGUCAUGUUGUUCAUCAAUCACGGCGAUUAUAUGUUGGAAAUAUUCCAUUUGGAGUUUCAGAAAAUGCAAUGAUGGAUUUUUUUAAUCAACAAAUGCAACUUACUGGUUUAUCACAAACAGAAGGAAAUCCAGUUAUUGCUGUUCAAAUAAAUCUUGAUAAAAAUUUUGCUUUUCUUGAAUUUCGUUCAAUUGAUGAAACAACAGCUGCUAUGGCAUUUGAUGGAAUUGUUUUUCAAGGACAAUCACUUAAAAUUCGUCGACCACGAGAUUAUCAACCAAUGCCAGGAGGAGGUGACCAACCAAAUACGAAUGUACCUGGAGUUAUUUCAACUGUUGUUGCUGAUUCACCAUUUAAAAUAUUUCUUGGUGGUUUACCUAAUUAUUUAACUGAUGAUCAGGUCAAAGAAUUAUUAAUGAGUUUUGGUCCAUUAAAAGCAUUUAAUUUGGUUAAAGAUGGAGCAACAGGACUUUCAAAAGGAUAUGCUUUUUGUGAAUAUGGUGAUCCUAAUGUUACAGAUGCUUCUAUACAAGGUCUUAAUGGUAUGCAAUUGGGUGAUAAAAAAUUAAUUGUACAAUUAGCUAGUGUUGGUGCUAAAAAUAUGCCUGGAGUACCUGGUAUGAUAGGUGUACAAUUACCUGGUAUGAAUUUAUUAGCAGCGACUGUAAGUACAGAAGUUUUAUGUUUAUUAAAUAUGGUUACUGAAGAAGAAUUACGUGAUGAUGAAGAAUUUGAAGAUAUUAUGGAAGAUGUACGAGAAGAAUGUAGUAAAUAUGGUUUUGUUAAAAGUUUGGAAAUUCCACGACCAAUUCAAGGUGUUGAUGUACCUGGUGUUGGAAAGAUUUUUGUCGAAUUUACAUCAAUCAGUGAAUGUCAAAAAGCACAACAAGCAUUAACUGGACGAAAAUUUGCUAAUCGUGUUGUUGUUACAUCAUAUUAUGAACCUGAUCGAUAUCAUCGACGUGAAUUUUAA